CUUCUUGAGUGACAAAAUUGGGGAAAAUUGGCCACUGUCUUCGACUCUGCAUGCCACCUCAACUGAUGGGGAUCAGAAAACAAUUAGGCGCAAUCGUUUGAUUUCCCAUCGAGAUUCCUUUCGGGAUUACACCAUCAUGCAGUAUGAAAAUCGACUGAGACUGUUCGCACAUCCCACCAAGAUUUUCCGCUACUUUGCCACCAUUAAAAUGAAGAAUAAAUCAGGUAAAUGGGAACUAUACAUGACUCCCAGCGAUUUUCUAAGAUCAAUUCAACCCGGAUCGCGGCAGCCGGAGAACUUGGGCCUGGACAAGUUCCACAUUCUGGAUGAGCAGGCGGCCAGGAAGUGGAAGCCAGAGGUCAAAGACGAUAGCAUCUUCCUUAAGAUCGAGAAUCGUGGCUUGCUCACCUACAGUGACUAUGUGCUCCUGACCAUUCUGCUCUCGAUUCCGGAGCGAAAUGUACGGAUUGGCUUCAAGCUGUUUGAUUUGAAUGGUGAUGGCGACGUGACCAUCGAGGAACUGAACUCCGUCUUUAUGGCGAUGACGCAGGGAGAAGUCUCCAUGAUGAACUCCCACUUGAAGAGUCACUUCUUUGGACAACGACUCAAUAGGACCCUGAGCAUCGACGACUUUCUGGAGUUUUUAAACGCCCUGCACAACGAGAUCCAUAGGGAGCAGUUUCAGAACCUCUUGCAGGAGUCCAGAUCCGUGAUCUCAGAACUGGACUUCGCCAAGGUGGUACUGGGAUUCAGGAAGUCGCGAAGCGAACGACGCGAAAUCCUGAAGCGAGUCAAGGAAAAGUUCGGCAAGAUGGACCGUGGAAUUAGUCUGGAGGAGUUUCUGGCCUUCUUUCGGUUUGUCCAGGAUGUGGGUGUUAUGGACAAUGCCCUCGCAUUUUACUAUUUCACCGGUGCGGAUAUCUCACACAAAACUCUGCGACACAUUGCGUACGUAGUGUCCGGCAUCAGUCUCUCCGAACAUCUUACGGAUGUGAUUUUCUGCAUCUUCGAUCGGAACAACGACAACAUUAUUCAGCGGAGGGAGUUUACUGAAAUGAGGCGACAGUGGAUGCAUCCCAUUCCGUUGCGAAAAAAUCUAAGGCUCUUAUCCACGAUGUGUAUUAUGUGCAAGUGCACCUGGAAAAUGCUGCCAUCGUGGGAACGUAGAAGACCUCAUCCUGGCUAUACGCCCCUCUGGUGAUUUCCUUUGGGGCUAGGCGCUUUUAGUUCACUGACAAAUGUACACUGAGACAAAUGCCACUGUGUAUUUAUUUUCAUCAACUUUUAUAAAUAAGA